AUGCUCACUCCAGUCUACCUCAGCGCCAUUGUGCUCGGUGCGUCUCUCCUGGUCUACGUUGCCUACAGAAAAACCACGACCUUGAUCGCUUCUCGGAAAUUCGCACGUCUUCAUGGCUGCAAACCCGCAAAGGCGGAUCGCCACUGGGAUCCAAUUUUCGGUCUUGAUUUUGUCAUCAGCACCAUCCGAGCCAGCAGGGGAAAGUAUCAACUCGAGGACCUGUACGAGAGACUCACUCGAAUUGCACCAACAUUCACGUCGAAUGUUCUGGGUGAAACACUGAUCUUUACCGAUGAACCGAAGAACGUGCAAGGUGUCCUGGCCACGCAGUUCCCUGAUUUCGACGUGGGAGAGCUACGCCGACAGGCCACGGUCAAGCUAUUGGGACAUGGUAUUUUCAAUGCUGACGGUCCGUACUGGGAGCACUCCAGGGCUUUGAUCCGGCCGAAUUUUAUAAGAAAACAGGUCGCGGAUUUGAGGUUAAUGGAGCAUCAUGUUAUGCAUAUGAUAAGCUAUCUUCCCGCCGAUGGGACCCCAGUCAACAUCCAAGAUUAUUUCUUUCGUAUGACUCUCGACACGGCAACUGAAUUCCUCUUCGGAAAGUCCAUCGACUCUCUCCGCCCCGACGCCACGGCCGAAAGCAAGCAGUUUUCCUGGGCUUUCGACUAUGCCCUCGGCGUCAUCGCGCAAAAGCUACGCCUCGGCCCAUACAACAGGUUUUAUCAAAGUUUCAAGUACAAUGAAGCGUGCAAAUACAUCCACGACUACGUGCGCCCAAUCAUCCACAACGCAGUCGAAUACCGUCAAGCCAAGAACUUACUCGGCAAUGAAGCGGUCCUCGGGAAAGGUGCCGGUGCCGAAGCGAGUAUGAAAGCCAGGAAAAUCCUCCGUGACGCCGACGCCGAGAAGAGAGCUCUACUCGAUAAAUAUGGCGACGCCGAUGAAGCAGCCAAGGAAAACGACAACGACGAGCGCUACGUCUUCCUCUACGAACUCGCCAAGCACAGCGGUAACGAAAAAGAACUCCGCGACCAGGUCAUCAACACCCUCAUCGCGGGCCGCGACACCACCGCCUCCCUCAUGUCCUCCACCCUCUUCGUCCUCUCCCGCCGCCCCGACGUCUGGGCCAAACUGCACGCCGAAGUCGCUACCCUCAACGGCAAGCCGCCCACCUUCGAUCAGAUCAAAGACCUCAAAUAUCUCCGAAACCUCCUCCAUGAGGCUCUACGUCUCUACCCCGUCGUGCCGAUCAACGCCAAGUUCGCCAACAAGGACACCUGGCUGCCUCGAGGCGGCGGCGCGGACGGGCAAAGCCCCAUCUUUGUGCAGAAGGGCCAGAUGGUCAUCUGGGUCCUCUAUUCCAUGCAUCGCCGCAAGGACCUGUGGGGCCAGGACGCCGAGGAGUUCCGACCCGAGCGGUGGGAGGGGUUGUUGCCGGGCUUCAAUUUCUUGCCGUUCAACGGCGGUCCGAGGAUCUGUCCUGGACAACAAUUCGCCCUCACGGAGGCCUCGUACACCAUCGUGCGCCUCUGCCAGCAAUUCAGCAAAAUCGAGGUCGUGCCCGGGCAGGAAGAUCGCCCUUGGACCGAGAGUCUGAACCUGACCUGUGCCGUCGCGGGCGGUGUCAAUGUGAGGUGCUGGAAGUGA